GCAGCACGCACACACCCCUUACUUUCAACGCGAACAAUACCAGUCGGAGCGGUCCUGCAGCGCCUUUGCACCCCGCAACCACUGCCCCACCGCAACUGCGAGAAAAAUAACACAUUCUGGCAUAAAACUGUUGCUCUACGUUUCUAAAGUGGACCUAACACCGCCUUACUUUCUUGACAUGGGAGAUAUGGGGGACCCGCCGAAAAAAAAGCGUCUGAUUUCGCUGUGUGUUGGAUGUGGAAAUCAAAUACACGAUCAGUAUAUUCUGAGGGUUUCCCCCGAUCUGGAGUGGCAUGCGGCGUGCUUGAAGUGCGCAGAGUGCAAUCAGUAUUUGGACGAGUCCUGUACCUGCUUUGUUAGAGACGGAAAAACCUAUUGUAAAAGAGACUAUAUCAGGUUAUACGGGAUAAAGUGUGCAAAAUGCAACAUUGGCUUCAGCAAGAACGACUUCGUGAUGAGAGCACGCUCCAAGGUGUACCACAUCGAGUGCUUUCGGUGUGUGGCUUGCAGCCGUCAGCUCAUCCCCGGGGACGAGUUCGCGCUCAGAGAGGACGGCCUAUUCUGCAGGGCUGAUCACGACGUCGUGGAGCGGGCAACAAUGGGAGCAGGAGACCCUUUGAGCCCUUUACACCCAGCAAGACCCUUACAGAUGGCGGCAGAGCCCGUAUCUGCAAGACAGCCUGCGCUUCGACCGCACGUUCAUAAACAGCCGGAGAAAACCACUCGGGUCAGAACGGUACUCAACGAAAAACAGCUUCACACGCUGAGAACUUGUUACAACGCUAACCCUAGACCUGACGCCCUUAUGAAAGAGCAGCUGGUGGAAAUGACAGGCCUUAGUCCCAGAGUCAUCAGAGUUUGGUUUCAAAACAAGCGCUGCAAGGACAAAAAGAGGAGUAUACUGAUGAAGCAACUCCAGCAGCAACAACCCAACGACAAAACGAAUAUCCAGGGGAUGACAGGGACCCCAAUGGUGGCCGCCAGUCCAGAGAGACACGACGGUGGUUUGCAGGCGAACCCAGUAGAGGUGCAGAGUUACCAACCGCCUUGGAAAGUUCUGAGUGACUUCGCACUGCAGAGUGACAUAGACCAGCCUGCGUUUCAGCAACUGGUCAAUUUCUCGGAAGGAGGGCCAGGUUCAAACUCGACUGGGAGCGAGGUUGCGUCAAUGUCGUCUCAGCUACCAGAUACACCGAACAGCAUGGUAGCGAGCCCUAUAGAGGCAUGAGCGUUGUGGACCAUUUCGCAUUUCAAAAGCCCUACAAAUACUAGGUGCUGAAAAAACGGACAUACUGGUUUGCGCCCUGGCUGAACAUCUGAAAAGUACCACACAUUAAACUGCACGAAGCCUCUUUAUUUAAACAACCCCUGGUUGUAUUUUUACACUGUGAAGACAAUCAUGGGAAUUACACAAAGCUGAAACGUACCUCUAUCUACGCCCAAGAAGUCUUGCUGAAUAACGUAAAAGAAGAUACAAUAACCAUGAUGUAAAUUGUGUGAGUUCCUGGAAAAUUAAAAACUCUGCAUAUUUGACGUAAGAAGUGGAUAGAUCUCGUGUCAUCGUGUUGGUGCUGCCUGUAAUGGAAAUUAAGUUGGUUACCGUUUUGCCAAAAAAGAAACAAGUUUGGAGGAUCUCAAUGAUUACAACAAACUGGUUUGCCUCGAAGAAGCCCGACACCUUGAGAAAGUAGAGAAGAUGGUUUCAUUUCAUCUGAAAUUCAGAUUCACACAUUGUUGUGCGUUACAAAAAUGUCCAGCGAUUCCGUUUAAAAUAGCUGGCUCCUGACAAUAAUACCUCCCAAAAUGACCGAUGGAGGAUUGCAGAUACAGCUUUUCCAUUUUUUUUGUUUAAUUCUCUCCUUAAAAGCCCAAGUACUAAAGCAUUGCAACAAGGUAUACCUCUAUUUUGCCACAAGCUUCGUGGGAACUUUGUGUGUGAGUUUGUGU